AUGUCUAAGCUUUUUGUUGGCGGUCUUGCCUGGGCCACUACCGAUGACUCUCUCCGUGAGGGUUUCUCCCAGUUCGGUCAGGUCGUUGAGGCUAUUGUCAUCAAGGACCGUGAGACCAUGCGCUCCCGCGGUUUCGGCUUCGUCAAGUUCGCCAGCGACGAGGAGGCCACCGUUGCUCUUGAGCAGAUGAACGGACAGGAGUUCGAGGGCCGCACCCUUCGCAUCGACAAGGCUUCCGAGCGCCCUCCCCAGGGUGGCCGCCGCUUCUAA